AUGAUUGAUUGUUUGAAGGCUAUGGCGGCUUUUAUGAAGAAGUUCAAAAGGAAGCGAAGAGUGUCCACGGAGCUUCACUCUCGCUGGGGUGAUGUUUCUAUCACCUAUCCUACACAAGGGUCCUGGAACCAGUGGAAUCAACCUUCUGGUUUCGCCCAUCAAUCAGCAAGGGCAUCCGAAGAAGAUCAACGAUAUCUCCCAGAUGGCCCAUUACGCCAACCGAGCUCGGGGGCAUCAAGCAGAAGAUCCCGAAGCAUAGGCACCCGAGAACAUCAAGUCGAAGACCCUCCACCCUUUCCCACUGGAUAUUUUAAUCAAAACAUUCGGCGUCGAGUGGGAGACACCUCCACACCGCCAUCUCACACACCAUCAGGUCAAGGACUCGGCCUUGGUGAACUUAGCGGUGGGCCGCAUCGCCGACCCUCAAGUUCCAUUAUCAAUGACGAAUACACUACGGACGAAUCUUGCGACGAAGAAGAAGAAGAAGAGGAAGAAGAGCGAGAUACUCUGGGCCCACGAAUUCAAUUAAGCCCUCGAGAAUACGGCAUGGGAGAUGUCUCACACACAACACGCGACAAUCCCGAAGAUUUUGAUAUCCCAGCCAAGUCUCCUCCACUCUCUGUGACUUCGCGCAUGCGCCGUUGCAGUGUCCAAAGUUGUGCAACAGAACCCACAGCAUCUAUAUCGGGUGGCACCAACUCGAGACGAACGAGCUUUACCGCUGCUUCCUCCAUCUCUGCUCUCUCUAUGCCACCUUCUACACCUCGCGCUUCACACACCCUCAAGCCACCUCCCGAGAAAAGUUACCCUCCCCGUACAAAACAACGGGAACCUGAAACCGCGCCUCAGGAAAUGGUGCCUUCCUAUGAUGAGCUCUAUGGUUGA